AUCAAAGAACCAUACUCGUAUUCCUCUGCGGUGGGUCUGGGCACUGGCACCCCAUUUGCCUCCUCCGGUGAGGGACGCAUCACAGCGGUCAGAGUGUGGGAGAACAACAACAACAACUACUACUACUCCUACUACUACAACAACAACGUCUACAUCAACGGGUGAGCAGACCCUGACCCAUGAACAGACACCACUGACUCAAUCCAACUACACUAACCAACAGACACCACUGACUCAGUCCAACUACACUACCCAACAGACCCCAAACAGACGCUUUCUUUCUUUCUUUCUUUCUUUCUUUCUUUCUUUCUUUCUUUCUUUCUUUCUUUCUUUCUUUCUUUCUUUCUUUCUUUCUUUCUUUCUUUCUUUCUUUCUUUCUUUCUUUCUUUCUUUCUUUCUGUUCAUUGCAUACUCAGUACAUGACAAAUAGUGUUAUCAUAUCUAACCCCGAGUACAAUGGAAAAUGUCAGUCCUUGAUACUCUGCAACGCUACCUAUUUUCUCUGUCUGAAUGUGCCUUAUCAAAACACAACUAACAUGAAAAGCCUGCUCUGUUUCUUAGGUUUCAGCUGAGAUAUGACUACACCUGGUCUCCUGUGUUUGGUUGCGAAGUGGGUGAAAAAAGGAGAUGUAGGCAGUGAGCUGAGGCUUCUCAGCGGCCGCUCCGACGGUGCCGGCAUCACCUCCAUUGGAGCCCACUGGGGAUUC